AUGUUCUGUGCCAUUUCUGGAGAACCACCACAGGAUCCUGUAGUUUCAAAAAAAUCCGGACAGGUUUAUGAAAAAAGGUUGAUCAUAAAAUAUAUUGCCGACUAUGGUAAAGAUCCGAUCACCGGAGAAGAUAUAGAAGAGGGUGACUUGUUAGAAAUAAAAGCGAGUCCAAAGACCGUAAAGCCAAGACCUGCUACCUUGACAUCAAUUCCAUCUUUACUGUCAGUCUUUCAGAAUGAAUGGGACAGUCUGAUGUUGGAAACUUUUACCCUUAAACAACAAUAUCAACAAGUUCGACAGGAAUUAAGUCAUGCCUUAUAUCAACAUGAUGCUGCCUGCCGGGUUAUCGCCAGACUUAUAAAAGAACGAGAUGCGGCUAGAGAAGCUUUGGCCAAUGUACAAGCGCACAUCGCUACAAAACCACUUCCAGAAUCCCUUGCGACGGAAAGUCAACCAAUGGAAAUUGAAGAACAAGAUAAGGGCAUCAACGAAGUCGUUAUUAAUAAAUUAAAUGAAACUAGCGCCGUUUUAUCGAAAAAUCGUAAGAAAAGAAAACCGCCGCCGGAACUUACUUCAGUCGAUGCAAUUAAAUCUUUUACACAAACAUCAUCAAUUGGUUCUUUACAUUCUUCAACCAAGCCUGGAAUAACUUGUAUGGACGUUGAUUCAACGGAACAACUAAUUCUUACAGGUGGUAACGACAAAAAGGGAUUCAUAUUAAAUGAACAGGAUGGUAAAGUGACCGGUCAGCUAAAGGGACACACAAAAAAGAUCACAGAUGCAUUAUGGCUUGGAAAACCUAAUGAGGAAGGUUAUGACACCGCAUUCACCGCGAGUGCUGAUAAGACCAUCAGAAUAUGGCAAAAGUCUAGUAAAGAUUACAAAACCUCGGCAAUUCUGUCGACACAUACCGCUGAAGUUACUGGCAUCGCGGUACAUGCGACCAAAGAUUAUUUGGUAUCCGUUUCAGAUGAUUCGACAUGGGCUUUCCAUGACAUUAAUACCGCUCAAACUUUGUCCAAGAUCGAACCAAAUGAAGUGACAAAUGGUUACUCGACCGUUGAGAUUCAUCCUGACGGUCUGAUCUUGGGAACAGGAACGAAUGAUUCAAUAGUACGCAUUUGGGACAUUAAAGUGCAGAAGAAUGUCACAUCGUUUACCGGUCAUACUGGACGUAUUACUUCGAUUUCUUUCUCAGAAAAUGGUUAUUAUUUAGCAACAGCAUCUGAGGAUAACGCAGUCAAAUUAUGGGAUUUGAGAAAGUUAUUAAAUUUCCAUACUAUACAACUUGAUGAGGGAGCAAAAAUCAAUAAAGUUUGCUGGGAUUAUAGUGGUCAAUAUUUGGCCGUUGGUGGAACUGAUGUUAGGAUUUAUCAAGCAAAAUCAUGGAAUCAAUUGGCAAAUUUUACAGAUAAUACUGCCGAAGUUACAGACAUGAAAUUCGGUGAAUUGGCAAAGAUUUUGUAUGUAGGUGGUCUAGACCGUACUUUAAGAUUCUAUGGUGUGAAUUCUGAGGAAGAUGAAUAA